AGAUGGCGGCGACGGUGAUCCUGGAGCCCGCAGGCCGCUGCCUCUGGGACGAGCCCGUGCGCAUCGCCGUGCGCGGCCUGGCCCCGGGGCAGCCGGUCACGCUGCGCGCGUCCCUGCGCGACGACAAGAGCGCGCUCUUCCAGGCCCACGCGCGCUACCGCGGCGACGCCGAGGGCCAGCUCGACCUGGAGCGCGCGCCCGCGCUGGGCGGCAGCUUCGCGGGGCUCGAGCCCAUGGGGCUCCUCUGGGCCCUGGAGCCCGAGAAGCCCUUGCUGCGGCUGGUGAAGCGGGACGUGCGGACGCCCUUUGCCGUGGAGCUGGAGGUGCUCGACGGCCACGAGCCCGAGGCCGGGCAGCUGCUGGGCCGGGCGGUGCACGAGCGCGACUUCCUGGGGCCCGGUGUGCGGCGGGAGCCGGUCCGCGCGGGCAGGGUGCGCGCCACGCUCUUCCUGCCGCCAGGACCCGGGCCCUUUCCUGGGAUUGUAGACAUUUCUGGAGCUGGAGGUGGCCUUCUGGAAUAUCGAGCUAGUCUACUGGCUGGGAAGGGUUUUGCUGUGAUGGCUCUGGCCUAUUACAACUAUGAAGACCUCCCCAAGGGCAUGGAGACCCUCCACUUGGAGUACUUUGAAGAAGCUGUGAACUACCUGCUUAGUCACCCUCAGGUCAGGAUGACCACAACUGGAAGAGUGAAUUCUAUGCCAUUGAGGCCUCUAAACGCUUACAGGCCCAUGGUAAGAAGAAGCCCCAGAUCAUCUGUUACCCGGGGGCGGGGCACUACAUUGAGCCUCCUUACUUCCCCAUGUGCCCAGCUUCCAUGCACACCUUGGUGGGCCGUCCUGUCAUCUGGGGAGGGGAGCCCAGGGCUCAUGCCAUGGCCCAGGUGGAUGCCUGGAAGCAGCUCCAGACUUUCUUCCACAAACACUUGGGUGGGAAAAAGGAGACACUCUCAGGAAAACUGUAAUCUUUUAUUUGAUUGUGGGACAUCUCUGAUGCUAAUCAGUCCUGGGAAGAGCUGCCACAACUGGUGUGUAUGUGUAGUUUUUUUCUUUUUAAUAAUGACUUAGAGUUUUGUUCCCAUCACUUUUAAAACAAACUGACCAAUGAUGUUUCAAGAAUUUUAUAAACUACGUACCCGUUCACUUGUUUGAGAGGAGACUGAUUCUGCAGAAAAUACAACAGAUGGAAAAAGCAUUCGUUUUAGUAUCUCACAACACACAACUGACAAAGCUUUAGGUCUGAAAGGAAAAGUGAGUAACACUGAUUAACAGUGCCUGGUACAUUAUUGGUGCUUAGUAAUUAUUUGUUAAAGUUAUUUAUUAUUUGUUGAAUUUAUUUAAUAAUUAGGUUAAAUGAUUACUUAUUGUGCAAGAAAAGCAUUAUAUAUUAAAAAAUAUCAGAUUUGAGUUUCUCCUUUAUGAAUCUAAGUUAAAAUCUUAGCUUUAAAUUGAUUACUACUUACAUGUAAAACUACUAAAAAUUUUAAAAUCAAAUACAUUUUUAGUUCCUUGAUAUCUUCUUCUUGGAUGAAUAAGGAUUCUCUUAGUGCAAAUAAAUUUUAAGUUAUGUUCCUAUUUACACAUAUGGACCUUUAUGAUUUAGUUGUCUCCAAACUUGGGAAAACAUUAUUUAGAUGAAUUGUGUAAGUGAUUUUAACAAUGAUUAAUGUGAAAAUAAAUGAUGAUUUAAUAUUGACAUCACUUGAUAAAAAUUGUUCGACAAUAAGCUUAUUAAACUUUUCAUAAAUCUUAAUGUAUUUAAAGUAAAAAAUGCCUUAAUUUAUGAUUAUGGUGUUCUGUUUCUUCAAUUUUCUUUUUUAAUAAAGCAACUUCUGACCCAUUU